AAAAAGAACAAAUAUAGAAACGGUCAACGGUCAAACAAACAGCGAAACAGCACCUUCAUCCUAUAAAUCAAAUCCCAUUCCUUACGAUUUCUCAUAGGCAAUGCGAAUCCGUUUCGUAGCUCGUCAAAAAAUUCCAGCUUCGAUAUUCGUUCAGCAUUCAGAAUUGCAGAUGGAACAGAAUCUAAAAUAACUAGCUGCUUCUGGUUUGUGUUAUUCCUUAUUGAUGGCAGUAGUUGUAGCAGAUUUCAAGUAUCAUGACUCAGUCAUUCAGUAACAACAGUGGCAAGAAGCUUAUUCAAAUUGAUGUCAGUUCAGACACUGUAUGCCCAUGGUGCUUUGUCGGAAAGAAAAACUUAGACAAAGCUAUCGCUGCUUCUAAAGACCGAUUUGAUUUUGAGAUCAAAUGGCAUCCAUUUUUUCUUGAUCCAUCUGCCCCUAAAGAAGGCGUGAAUAAGCUGCAGUACUAUAGAAGAAAGUUUGGAUCUGGAACUGAUGGAAUGAUGGCUCAGAUGACACAGAUUUUUAGGGGCCUUGGUCUGGAUUAUAACACAUCUGGUCUCACGGGCAAUACUUUAGACAGCCACAGACUUGUGUAUUUUGCUGGCCAACAGGGUCUUGAUAAGCAACAUAAUCUUGUAGAGGAGUUGUUCCUUGGUUAUUUCACACAGGCUAAAUAUGUGGGUGACAGGGAAUUUCUCCUGGAAUGUGCUGCAAAGGCUGGGGUAGAGGGGGCAGCAGAAUUCCUUGAAGAUCCCAAUAAUGGAGUCAAGGAGGUGAAUGAUGAACUCAAUAAGUACUCGGCAAAUAUCUCAGGAGUUCCAUACUAUGUGGUAAGUGGAAAGCACAAGUUGAGUGGUGGGCAGCCCACAGAGGCUUUCCUCAGAGCUUUUGAAGCUGCUGCAAAUUAACAGUUUCUUUCUGUUGUAUUUUGUUUUAUUAUACAAAAAGUAAUAAGGGCCAUAAAAUAUCCUGCCUUGUAUUGUACUUGUAAAGUUUCUAAUUGAUGUUGGUUAUGACUAUGAAAAAUUUGCAAAGACAGGAAGGUCAGUGAUCCAUGUUCUUGUUGUUAUAUGAUGGUUAAAAUAAAUUAUAUUAUUAAAGUGUGUUCA